AAAUGACAUCAAUGUCAACCUCAGAGUUGAACAGUCACACUCAGAAAAGGUGUUCUUUUCUGCCAGCUUCUAUAAAAAAAUGUUUGUUGAGGUGGGGUAGAUCUCUGCAUUUCUGUUUUUCACCUCUCUUCAGAGCAUCUUGCUUUUGAAUCCUAUUUUCUGUUUUGAAAUCCUUUCAAAUAGGAUUUCAACCAUUUCCAAAGAGCUCUCUUCAGCAGCUUCAGUCCCUAGCUAGGUCACUAUCACACCUCAUUUUUUCUUUCCUACUAAUGAGUUUCACUGUCUGCUUGUUUUGUGUUCCUCUUUCAUUCCCACUCAAUAUUUCAUUUAUUUUCAUAUUACACUUUCCUGUAUUCUGGUCUUGGUGAAGCACUGCAUUACUUGGCUCUCCAAGCUUCUUACACCUAGCUGAAACCUGAGUCUGAGCACUGGCCAUUUUUUAUCUGCCUCAGGUUCAGCCUGAAAAGAUGUCACACACAACAAGCAAAGGUCCUACCACUUCUGUAGGACUCUAACCCAUAUGUCCUGUUUGCACUUUAAUUCCCACAGCCAGACAUUUCAACUACCUGUAAUAAUUUAUACUCCAGAAGUAAACAGAGAGUUCAUGCUUGUCGUCACCAUUAAGCUUCCCUGCUGGAAUACAGUAUGAUUGCCAACACAGUGGUAUGAUUGCCAUCUUUAGACAUCUGGUUUGGAAGCUCAUGCUUGAUGUACUGGUACGUUUACAUCUCUUUUACUGAAAGACCUGCAAAGACAUCCAUGUUCUUACAGAAAACAGGCAACUGCCAGUUUGUUUCCCUGGAAGAAAUUUGAGAAGACCAUGAAAAGAAUUGCAAGUAACAUGAAGUGCUGGUUUGAUACUGGCCAGAGAUUCCGUAUUAACAGCAAAAGUCUCUUGAUCCCUCCUUGUGGAGCACAUGGAACAGUCUGUCACUGGAUUGCAGGCUUCUUCCAACUUCACUAUAAGCAGAAAAAUCCAUACAGACUGUUCAAUAUUCUUGAACUUAUGGAAGAUUAAGAGCAGGCCUUUGAUUAGCCAUCUAGUCUGAAGACAACUGUAGGUUGUAGCUUUCUCCAGUCAUACUCAUCUAUUGCUAGCACAGUGGGGAAGGGGAACAAAUUUCCGCCUCUGGCUGGCUGAUAAAAUUAGAUACUUCAGUUUGUUAAUCAAGAAGGAAACUAUAUUUGCAACCACUAGAUAAUUCAAAAAGUAUGAAGAAAUUAAAUCAAGAUGCUUCUUCUGUAUUGAGUGUAGUACUGAGCUUGAACAAAGUGGCAGACCCACCUGCUCUCAAGUGACUGGACUGCAUACUUUCUGAGCUGAAGUGAAACAAUACGCUGUGCUUAUCGUUAUUCACCACAUACUAAGGUUGUCUGCAUGGUCUGGUCUUAGAAGGAUAAAAGACACAUGCAAGCAAGAGAUCACACAAGCAAGCUCUCUGAAUGACUAAAAGCAGCAUGUACCUGUUGUCUCUCAAAAACUGCUUCCAAAUAAUGUAGAGAACAAAAUAAUAACUGUUUUAAUCAUAAGCAGCUCGUAAAAUGGCUGCUUCCUUCUAGCAGUUGCACAAACAACAUAAUGAGAAUUGUUUGGAAAACACAUCCCUUGGCUCAUUUCCCUGGCAAAAUUGGCUGUAUCCUCACCACUCAAGAGACUGUCUCUUAAAAUGCUGGUCCAAACUUUAGUGCAUCCACGGAGGAGAAAGCGUGCUCACUUAGCCAAUUACAUUGAGGAGAUGGUCCUUCUGGUGGCAAUAUCAGAAGUGCUGUUGGUUCUGGGUUUGGUCGUGGAAUCAGACUCUCUCUGCACACCCACUAUGUUUUACAAGAACUGCUGGAUCCGACGCUUCCCAGGUCUUCUGAUUGACCUGCAGGAAUCGCAGAAGAGGGGAGCCCAGGUGCUGAAGAUUUAUGCAGAAGUCUCGUCCCAACAGUGCAGCAGAAACUGCUGUCUUCAGAAGAAUGUUUCCUGCAACCUAGCAGUGUUCUAUCACGGAGCUACUCAUGAGAAUAUGAAUUGCUUGCACAUGUCUUGUCCAUCACUGGAAAGUUGUAUAAUAAAGGCUAGAAUCAACGUUGUUUUGUACAACAUCAAAACAGGGAUUGAUCCAGAUCUUCUUAUUUUUGAAAAAGCAAUAUCCAAAGAGCCAAAUAUGCACUCCUCACCUAAUAAAUAUGAAAGACAAAACAGCACAAAGACCACCGAGUGGGAAAGACGCCAGCAUGGUAAUGUCACGUCAAGUUCUCUUCUGCUCCUAGCUCCAUCUUCUACCACUGGCCACGGCUUAACAGCAAACACUUACACAUCCAGCACAAACCUGACGGUUGAAAAAAAAAAAGUUAUCACAUAUUCCAGGGAAGAAACUUCUCCUCUGGAUGACCAUUUGGCUAAGAGGACUUGUACAACUUCAGUAAGCACUAGGUCAACCACCAGCUCAGACAAAAGAACUGUACACUCAACUUUGAUAUCUAAAUCUGCAGACGUGUUAUCCCACAUGCCCACUCCUCCUCAUCUGAACAGCAGUAAGCAACACUUAAAUGAAACCAAAGGCUACAGUGGUAGGAAUUAUACUUCAGACAACGAGGUACCUGCUUGGGAUGCUGCACCUCUGGGUGUCUGGUUGAUUCCAGUUGUCCUUUGCUCUUCUCUCAUCUUCCUUUGCUGUUGUACUGUAGCUCUUGCAGCAGGGCGUUGCAGAAAUAGGAAAGGUCAGUACAAUCCCAUAUGGAGAGGAAGACCAAUGUCUAGACGAGUCAUAAAAUACACUAGUGUCAAAGGUAGUUUGUAAAAUGCAGUCACCAUUCUUGUUUUGGAACAAAUAGCCUUUUAAAAAAUGAAUUGCAUGUGCUGGUCUAAUUCUUUUACAGAACAAAGAGUAAGUUUCAGAAUCAUUCAGUUGUAUUUUCAUACUCGCCAGAUGAAACAAUUUCUCUUUUGGGUAAGAAGUACACACUCUACACGUUCAAAGCUGCUUGAGCAUAUUUUGGUUUAUAAUCUGACCCAGACUAAUACCUGACACAAACUAUAAACUUUCCCUAACUUAAGAGGGCAGAUUCACUGCAGCUUUACAUAUCCUCUCCCUUGACUUUGAUCAAACUUAGAAAAUUAAGUAAAAAUGCAAUCAGUAAAACUGACUGAAGUUUUACACUAUCGUAAAAUCAUUUAAUUCUAAUAAUCCUUUAAUUGCCUAAGAUCUAGUUGUUUCUAUAAAAACUAUGUAUUCAUUUUCUCCUGUUAUAUU